GGCGGGGGCGGGCCCGGGGCCGGCCCCGCUCGGCGCAGGUUGAGAAGCGCGUGGGCUCCAGAAGCGCCGGGAGCGGGCCGAGCCGAGCCGAGCCGAGCCGAGGCAGCAUGGCCCAGCCGCGCUGCCGCUCCGUGCUCAUCACCGGCUGCAGCCGCGGCAUCGGGCUGGGGCUGGUGCGGGGGCUCGCAGCCGCCAGCCCCUCCCCGGAUUUGGUCUUUGCGACCUGCAGGUACCCCGAGAAGGCGCAGGAAUUGCAGCAGCUUAGCAAGCAAUACAGCAACAUCAAGCUCCUGCAACUGGACGUGGUCUGUGAGAACAGCAUCAAGAAAGUGGUGAAGGAAGUGGAAGAAAUUGUGGGAGACAAAGGGCUGAACUGCCUCAUCAACAACGCUGGCAUCAACGUGCUCGCCUCGCUGGAGGAGGUCACGGCAGAGACCAUGCUCACCAUCUAUGAAACCAACACCGUGGCCCAGCUGAUGGUCACCAAGGCGUUCCUCCCGCUGCUGAGGAAGGCAGCGCGGCUGGGCACGGGGAUGGGCUGUCACAGAGCUGCCAUCAUCAACAUGUCCUCUCUGGCUGCCUCCAUGCAGCUCGUCCAGGCCAAUGAGAUGUUCCUCAAGGUCUAUCCCUACAGGAUAGCAAAGACUGCUCUGAACAUGAUCACCCGGUGCCUCGCUGCAGACCUGAAAUCAGACGGAAUCCUCUGCAUCUCCUUGCACCCAGGCUGGCUUCAGACAGACAUGGGUGGAAACAUGGCUCCCAUGCAGGUGCAGGAGGCCAUCCCAGGUAUUCUCUCUGUUCUGGACCGUCUCGGUGAAAAAGAAAAUGGUUCUUUCCUGGACUGGCAAGGGGAAACUCUGCCGUGGUAGAAGUGCACAGAACUCCACAGGAACAGCUCCUCAGUCACAAUUUAACCUUGCCACUCCUGUCUGUGUCUCUAGGGGUUUUUACACGCUUGUUGAAAUAGCCAGUCUGACACUCAGCGUCUCUCUAGGUGUGUUUGGAAAGAAAAGGGGCUGAGUCUUUCACUUGGUAUUGCUACUGCUCUGCUCUAACUGCAAUCACUGCUGUGCUCCCGGUGGUGGGCAUCUCCUGGAAUGGGCAUCCCUCUGAAAUGGAUUCAAACCUGCAGGUUAAAUCCGGGGGCUGCUGCUUCCUUUCCACUUCCAAGGCCAAAGUGGGCUUCUGGCUCUUUGCAGGAUGAAAUGACCUGACCUCAGGGUAAGGCCAGUGAGGCUGUCACAUUCCAGACUGCUCAGUGA